CGCCGCCCGAAUGCCCCUUCGUUGCCUCUGACAUCUCUCGCAGACCGCCGACCCAACUCGCCGUCUUCUCCUCCGGUCUCUUCGCUGCUCAUGCCCCGCCACUCGACAACCCACAACCGCCCCUCCUCCAUGCACACGACCUCGGGCGCGUCGUCUCCACGUCACCUGUCGUUCAAAACCGCCGAGCCCACCCGGUUGCGCCUACCACCACCUGUGCGGGCCGCAUGCUACGCCGCGCAGCCACUUGCCCGUUUCUGAUUGGCACUUCUCCUCCGCGCCAGAUAAAUGUCACGCCAUUCCUGAGUCCCAACCAACCAAAAUCCUUUCCCCUUCCCAUUCCCCUUCUCCUUUCCCUUUCCAAUUCCAACGCCGGACGACAGCGCGAGCGCCCCCUACGUGUCUCCCUCACCCGACCCACCACUCCACGUACCACAUCACCAGCCCACGUGCCACCGCCUCCGCUCCUUCUGUUGCCCCCAGCCCAUUGGCUUCUUCCCUCUCUAUAACCCCCGCUACUCCCAUUGUCACCGUCACGGCACAUCGCGGCCAUGCUUGACCCCGUACACACGGCGAUGGCCAAGACCCACGAAAUCUUGGCCAGGUUCCGCCCCAUCGCCCCCAGACCCUCCCAUCCUCCCCCACUGCCGCCGGAUGCCCCCUCUCCCACGGAAAAUGCCGCCUCGAGCUCCUUCUACCGCUGCGUUCCCCGUCCCUGUCGCUCCCGUAAGCGCGGCAGAGGACACCUCGGCGCUCCCUCUAACAAGAGGCAGAGGACCAUCUUCCCGCUCCUACCGGCCGCCGUGCCGCCGUCUUCGUAUAACCGCCCGGCUCCGGCGGUUCCCUUUCCCCGCGUGGAGCCGGAGAAGAGUGCCGAUGAGCUCCUGACCCUCUGCCUCCGACCUCGUUCGUUCGAUGACGGCGCGCCGCCACUGGUGGAGCAGGACCUGCUCCAGAAGCUGCAGGAUCAGCCGAAGGUGAUCGCGCCGCAGCCGCUGCGCCCUGUGGGUUCCAGCAUCAGCGUGACGCGCAUCAGCCGACGCGUCGAAGCCGAGACUGCCCCUGCUCCCCUCGCCCGGCGGCGCGAGGAGGUAGAGGCCGAGGUGGAAUCGGACGCGCUGCCGGCGGUGGUGUCCGACUGGCGGAACCGGGUGCGGCUGGUGAACUCGGCGUACAGGGAGAUGGUAGGGCAACCGGAGUGCCCCUGGAUCGACGCGAUGGUGAUGGGCGUGGACGUAGGGCGUGGGCCAGCUGCGACGAGGCGGCGGCCAAGGAGGAUCAGCGGGGAGGUGAUGCUGGACGUGGAAGAGUCAGCGAUGCCCAAGACAGCGGCGGGGUUCUCGUGCAGGGCGAGGAUCGAGUGGGCGUGCAACGGAAGGAAGAAUUGCGUGACGGCGCCAUGCAGCGUGAUCCGCCUCUUUUGCGAGUCGAACGACUAUCUCUUGGCGUGGAGAUUCGACACUUGCAAGGCCGCCGCCGCAGCAGGAGAAGCAGAACACGACGACGACUGCACGAGUCCUGCAUCCGUUCUUGUGGCUAGCAUUGGCAUGUACAAUUAAUUUAAUUAGCAGUUAGUAGCUAGCAGCCAUAGCCGCAGCAGGUAAGUGCUGAGGGUUUUGGAGAAGCUAAUAAUUAAGUACCUUCAUCAUAUAUAAAAUGUAUCUCUCGAUGUAUAGUGUGAUGUAUCUACUACUGCAGGGGCUACUUGACUAUUUUCAGCUUAAAAGUCUGGACAGGCAAAAUUAGUAGUCUCAGCAUGCACUGGUCGACUUUAAGAUGUAUUUUAAUGUGUCAUGACUUAAUUAAUUUAGAUUAAGCUGGUUAA